AUGUCUCGUCCCAAUCGUUUUGCUGAAACACUUAUCUUUUCCUCGCCAAUAGACUGUGUCAGGCGUAAAAUGGAUUUUGGAGAAGUUGUCAAGAAACCUCGGCCAGCCAAAACAGAUAGCUAUACCGAAGAUGCAAGCAACAGCUCCGUUCGCCGUCGGCUACACUUCGGAGAAACUGAUCCUUCGGUAUUGCUUGUUCUUCAGGGUAAGUGAACUUUAAUUACAGUUUGUUGCAUGUAACAGGGUGCAAAGUAGCACUAAUUGAACGAUUAUCAUGUUAGCGAGAUAACGUAAGUCUUACUUGGAGUCAGUUUGAUGACGACUUUACAGGGGCUGUGUCUCAGCUUGCAAGUUCAUUUCGCCGUUUAUAAUGCAAUUUUAAGAGUCCUUAUUCGCUAUGACACUUAAGAAAUAUCUUAUAAAUGACAAAAUUACAGGUUUGCGUCUAACAAGUACACCCCCAAGCAUUAUUUCAAACCCUGCAAACAACAAAAAUUAACUUUGAAAAACUGUUAGGCAAACAAGUUUUCAAAAACAACCAUUGCAAUCCGUUUCAAUUUUCUUCAAGAUUUGUCCAUCUGUGCUUUCUUUUGAUUUGUCGUGUUAUCCAAACCUUCUUUUAACAUUUUGAGCUGUUCUUUUUAUGUUUCACGCAAUUUGGUGGCAGUUCCUACGUUUUGAAUUCUGAUAAAUUAUGUGACACAGCUCCUUUAACUGAUAUAUUGUUUUUAUAUUAGCAGAUCUUCUUCCCAAUCGAUGCCAAUCAGAACAGGACGCUCGUGAGCAGUCUUGCCGCGCGAGGAGAACCUGUCUGACCCUUCAGCAAAAGACAGCACUAGAACAGCUUUUUCUGAAGAAUAUGUUUCCAAACAGAAGAGAGAAAUCAGCAUUGGCAAUAGGGCUUGGGAUUAGCUACUUCGACGUUCAGGUACUUUUACUGCGAGUAAAAUGUUUCGACAAAAACGCGUGGUCUUUAUGCUCUAUGGAUUCAGUUGUAUGUGCAGUAAGAACCCGCGUCUAAAAACCCUUUUUCUAAAAUCUAAAAACAAUUUCUCUACUCUUGAGCAAGUAAGACAAGUCAAAAUUCAGGCUCCUCUUUGGAGAUAUAGAUGUCUUCUUGAUUACGCCAACCACUAGGAAUGAGCUGGAUACCACUAAAUACUCUUCGCUACAAUGGAUUUUUUUUUCCUUCAGACGACGUGUCUCGUACUGUAAGCCACGUAAGAAGAUACUUUGUAGCGCAUAUUUCUUAGCUGAGAGAAACUAUGAAAAUGUAUGCCGGUUUAACGAACCGCGUACGGAAUUUGACAAGUAGAGAAAUUGACAUAAAAGCUCAUAAAACUAGUGCUAUGCUUGUAUAUCCAUGCUGUUGGUUUCUCUUUUUUCAGAUGUGGUUUAGAAAUCGACGCCAAAGAUGGAAGAAGGAGAAAAAAGCCAACACAGUUGACGCGUUGACGCGAGAAAACGAGCCAAGUCUGUCUCCCCGACAAGUUGGAAACUUCUACUACCUUCCCUGUGCCAACAGAACCUCGUCAUCAAGUGUUCCUGACUCGUUACCAGUUCUUCUUAAAUGUGUCCGAGAAGUCCUUGAGCCAAGAGAUAUUACCCCGGAUAAAGAACUUUCGAAUUCAAGGAGGCUAACUUCAAACGAUAAAUUUGCCAGAUUUGUAAGACAGGACUAAGGACAAGUUGUGAAUAGUUUGUAACCAACUGGGUAAUGCACAACGUGUAUGCAUGAUAUUCGAGACUUACCGAGUAAAGUGGUCAUAAAAUAUGAUGUAACUGUCCAAAAUAUCUGGAAGACUUAAGUCCCUCUUGUCUUUGCUGUUUUGAUUUUAUAGUUCAUUUGUCAUGAUCAAUUUAAAGCUUUGGGGGAGGGCUUGGGGGAAAACUUGGUGUAUUAUGGGAGAUGUAAAAGUGGCGAAUACUGUGUAUUCGGGGUAAAGAACUGGGCUCGAUCUUGUUACGUCAUCGGAUAAAAAAAUAUCCGGAUUUAAUUUAGCGUCCAAACGAUUCCGGAUUCAUCGCGCAUUUAAAAUUUCCACUCUGGAGAGCGGAUUCAAAAAGUUGCGGAUUCGUACGCCGGAUUCACCGGAUACGUGUGGACGUGGAAAUUUUUGAAUCCGGAAAGAAAAAGUCGCUGAUUCAAAAAUAUCGGAAUAAGGGUCGACGGGGCCUAAGUGGUUUCUAUUAUUUUCUCUUUAUAAUGCCAGGUAUCACGAAGAUUCACGUAUUAGUUGUUUAGAAUUACAUAUCGACGUUUAAAAUUAAAUAGUCAUCAAAAUAAACCUUCUCCUGUUAUAAAUUCGUUCUUAAACAAGUAUGUUCUAUUUUAGGGCACUUCCACGACAACCCUUCUAUCGUAGAAUAAUGUUUAAUUAAGGUUUUCAACAAAGGUUUGUUUUAAUUUAAAAAAUAUAUAUAUAUUGCAUGGUUUGAUAUUUCGCCUUGAUCGCUUGUCUGCAUUUCCAGGAAAUUACCUCUAUCCUAUUCUUAGCUCAUUUUCCAUAUUUUCGAUCGAAUUCAUAUAGUUGAUGGUUUUUACCUGCAAUGUUAAAUAUCUUAAUCAUAAUAGUAUGGAAUAUCCCCCAAUUCACAGGUGUUGGUUAAGAGUAACUACCGUGAACUGCAAUUUUAAUUUGUCCCACGAAUAUUCCAUACACGUCUAUUUUUAAUUUAUGAAAAAGUUUAGCCAAUCAUUUUCGAUGAAGAAAAUUAACACCUUCUGUGGAUCGACAACAUGAUUUUCAAACUGCAAUUUUAGUGCUUUCCUCACUGUUAUUGUAAGAAUUUUAUUUAGAAAAAAAUUAUCUGUAAUUUUUAUAUUGCUCUCUUUGUUUUAUAUUGACUGGACAACCCAAGCUUUAAGGUGAAAUUUAAGAAAGUAAACUGUUUUGCCGAAAUCAGUAACUCGAAGGUUCAGUGCUAAUGAGUCUCUUCUAGCCAAUCACAGAAGACGUAUGUAACCAUUGAUUUGAACUUGAACAGGUGGGUUUCUGGUCACUGUAAAAAGAGGUGCCACAACAUAAUCGAGAGAGUAAAUUGUAGCUACUGUGCAAGCAGUGAAGUUCGGUAACUAUUAAACGAAGUUUAAAGAAAGAAGUCACAUCUCCGAGUUUGUUGAAGAAAAAUCUGCUAGUUCCUCCUUAAAAAGUUCUUCUUACACUAGAGAGUGGGGGAAAUAUUUCGGUCCUUGAAAGAUCAAUCCACCGAUUCCAUUUAAUACAAGGUACGUGGGCUAACACAGUUAACGACAAGGCUACAAUCGAGAGAUACAGCUAAUAUGACUCAUAACAAUUCUUAUUUCCUUUUAGCUUUAGGAGGUAUGGUUGACAAAAGCUGAAUUCCUCACCGACUGGCCUGACUACGUGUUUAUUGUGAGGUACUGGAAGGUUAGCGAUGAAAUGGUGAGGCUCAGAUUUGCUUUAGUCUUUUUUGCGGCAGUAUAAUCUGACCAGUCAGCAUUUUAGUCGUUUUGUUAAUCCAGUGGAUACCCUCGGGACCCCCUCUGACUUGGCCUACUCCGAGUGCGCACUACAACAGGUCAUACAAAGGCGUCAUAACUCCUGUCCCCACCCCGGAAGAGUUAGAACCACGUUGGUCACAACAGAUAAACAAAAGCUCCUGAACCCACAACGGGAAUUUUCGGGCGCUGUUUGGAUUUAAGCGGACGGUUGGAAAUUGUUGUCAGAGGUAUGUUUUGAACCGCUGUUGUACAAGAAUUUGAAAGGAUUCUCCUUGUGCAAAAGCUAUGAAAAUAAUAAUUGUGAAGCUUAAAAAUUCAAGGGAACGGUGUUAAACUCGGCUUCGGUUAACCUCGUGGCUAACAAUUGACGGUCAGUAGACUAGAUUCACAAAAGAAUAUGUGCAAUAUUAAUGAUAAUAAUAUUUUCUCAAAGGAACUAUAUUCACUUAAAACACACUGUGUACGCAACGUAAACUCUCUUGGCCGAAAUGGUAGUCAUCUGUACGUGCCACAAGUCGACAAGUGAGAUUCUGGACUCAUCGUGACCUUGUGGGGAUUUUAGCGAUCGCUACGGUACGAGGGGGUUAAAAAUAGCAAUGAAAAUACAUCAGAACUUGUUCUUGGCAUUCUUGCCCGUUUACAGAGCGAUUCCAUCGAGUUUAGGUUCUGCUAUUGUUCUGAGUAUAAACAAUGACUUCCCCAACGUUGGUGACUAAUUGCUAGCGAAGGUCUCGCCAAUCCACUUAAGUAAAUCAGGAAUUUGAGCAGAUAUUCUUCAGUGGAUAUGCGAGACCUUUGCUAGAAAGUAAUUAUAAACCUUGGGGAAUAACUUAUGGAGAGAACAACGACAGAACCAAAACUUGCCAGAAUGUCCCUGAAACAGCCAAAAAUGCUAAGAGCACACCAUCAAUGAAAUAAGGAGACUAGGUAAGAAGAUAGGAUGUAUUUUUAUUGCUAUUUUGACAUUUUCACCCCAAAAUAAUGAACACUAAAACCCCCACACAGCUGGCCCUUAUAAUAUUUCUGUUAUAUAAGGAUUCUCACUCGUGAACUUGCCUGGGUAGCAGUGGUUGUAACCACCAAUUUUAUUGACCGCAAAACCUCAAGCUUAAUGAUAUCUUAUGAAUGCCCCCAUCUUUUCUAUUGCAUGGAUUCUGUUAAUAAUCUUUGUUGUUUGGUUCUGUGAUAAACAUAUUUCUCGUAAAAUUGAAAAUAUAUGAGACCGCUCGAGAGAAUUGACCCUGGAAACAGUCAGAGGUCCUUUGUUUCAGUGUUUGAUACAUUUGAAUCACAAAAAGAUGUUUGCAUACAUGGACUAUUGCUUAGCAAUGUACGGUGGUUUUGCUAACAUCGAUAUGUAAUAUGUUCAUUCAAUUUAUAUGAGCCAGGUAAGACUUCCUCACAAUAGUCAUGUAUAGAGCUGUGGGGCAAUCUUUAACAUCAAACCAACUUAGAUACGAUAAAAAAGACAUAUUUGGAGCUUGUUCAAAUGGUGGGGAGCACACCUCACCACUCUUUUCUUUGCAAAGUCAAGUGGUUUAAUUGGAGCUUUCUUAAGGUAACAGCUCUAUUAAAAUAUGAACCUUUAAACUGCACCAUCUCUGUACUCAAUAUUUUUCAAAAGAAGGAAGUAAUGUUAAUGUUUUGCUUUUGAAGAGAAAAAAAUGUGAAGAACCAAAUUGCUCUUGUUUGACCUUAGUAGUGAAAUCUUUUAUGCCAAAAUCUCAUUUGUUCCAAAUAUGACAAGGCUGUGCUCUAAGGAAAAUUCAAGGGAGCACAGUACUCUGAACCUGUAAAAUUUAGAGUGUUCAGCAUAUGAUUUGCAUGAAAAAAAGUAAGAUUUUUGAGUCACCCAGGAGUGUAAGUUAGGCACCAGGGGUCACCAGGCUCUGCAAGAGCACAGCCCUGAACUUUUUGACUAUAGUAUCUUCAACCUCGUGGAGCUGGUCCAUCAACCUGUAACACCCAAGAACAUACAAAAUACAUGAGCUCAGACCACUGACAUGGGCUGUUGUUUUAAAAUAGCUAAAAAAAGACAAAUUCUGUUAAAAUCAUACAUAGAGGAUACGACAUGCAUUCAUUUGGGCAUACAAGUAUCUAUGAAAUCUGUCUCUUUUGAGUGUUGAACAUGAGAAGAUAAAAGUACUAGCCAUAGCAAUAAAAUGGUGACCAUGGGUGAAGAUAUACUACUUAAUAACUGAGAGUGAGGUCAUUGCAGGGAAAUCUCAGACUGAAGCCACGAGUUCAAUACAUCAGAGUCUGAGGUCUGAGAGGUUGAGAUUUCCCUGUAAUGACCGAGUGGACGAGGUUAAUAAGUUAUUAUAUGGCCUUUUCAUUAUGGACCUGAGCCUGGGAUCAAUGAAAACCAACAACUGCAUGGUCAGAAGAUAACUUAAAAAAAUGUCACCUCAAUGAGUUGUACAUUUAUACAUGCCCAUGAUACAGUCAUGUGAUACUGGUCAGCAGAUACACUUUUUGACAGCUGUCAAUUGACCAUAACGUGGAUGUUCAUAAGGAUGUCCACUAUCAAGUUAAACACGAUUGUUUAUGCCUUGGACACCUAGCGAGUAAUGUCUGGUUAUUACUAAGUAGUUAAUAAUGCCCAUGCCCGGCCAUUACAAGAAAAAUUUAACGUGUGAAGAUAUCAUGUUUUCGGGCUAAAGCUAACCUGGUAUUUCAUCAGUGGUUAUAAAAUAGAUUGAAAUGUAUAUUUUUCUGUUCCUUUAAUGUAGCCAAUUUAAUUUUGAAAUUUGUGUCUUUGCAAAAAGCAAGUGUUUUAUUGCAGUUUUAGUUUGAGUUAUUAGCAUUUAAAUUUGAUCACCAUGAUUUUUCACUAAUACACACUGUUGUUGGCUAAGGAGGAAUUUUUCAUCCCUCCUGUCUGAGAAGGGCCCAACAAAGGCCAUAAUUUUGAAAAUUCUGAUAUCUGUGUUAUCACAUUUCUUUACUUAUUGCUAAAGAAGUCGAAGGUAAAGGGAGUUUACCUGAAGUUUUAAAAAAAGAAAGUAGUGCUGAAAUAUUUUUCACUCUCUCAUCCAUAUAGUAAAUUAAAUUUAUUAAUCUGUUGGUUUUGUGGCAUUUUCUGUCAGAGCUAUGAUGCAUUCAUUUUUUGGUGGGAAGGAGGUGCAGAAAAAAGAAUUCUUGUGGGGGCUGGGGAAGAGGGCAAAGAGACAGACAAGAGAAUAAACGAAAGAAAAAAACUAAUGACUAAUGACAGGCUUUCUUGGAUAAAGCAAUCACUCAAAUCUCAAAUUUUAAAUCUUUAUUUUUUUUAUUUGUGGAAGCUUUUAUCCUUACAUAAUACCCUUCUUUGCCCCAUUUUUAAAUAGUUUUCAGUGUUGUCAAUAAUUUUCCCCUUGCGUUUUCAGGAAAGGUACAUGUAGAAAAACAUGGAUCAAGUGGGACACAAACAUGAUGAUUCAAAAGAAAGCUCAGUAAAAGAUUUAAACCACAGUUGUUCCCAGAAAGCAACCAAGAAGAGUGCUUCAACAUCAAAGUCUUCAUCUCUGGGUGAAAAUUUUUCAACUAUAAAAGUUUCUGAAAUCAAGCAUGAGUGUGAUGAUCGUGAUCGUGAUAGCAAGGAACGUGAUCGUGAGCGUGAUGAUCGCGAUCGUGGUGUUCGUAAGUAUUCCAGAGUAAGGAAAUACAAGUGUGAUGACUGCGACAAGUUAUUUCCAAGCCCGGCUGCUCUUAGGUUACAUAGUGUUGUACAUAGUAAAGAGCGACCGUUUAAGUGCAAUCAAUGUCACUGCAAGGGCUUUAAAACUCCUGACAAGCUGAGGAGACACCUUGCCGUCGUUCAUUCAGAUGACAGACCAUUCCAGUGCAGCAAGUGUGGGCAACACUUCAAAAGUCAGGAAAUUCUCAGAAACCACGCCGUUAUUCACAGUGAUGAUCGACCUUUUCAGUGCAGUCAAUGUGGAAAGCGCUUUAAGAGAGGUGGAGAUUUGACCGAACACUUAAAAACGCACACUGUCCGUGCGCGGCCUUUUAAGUGCAGUCAGUGUGACAGCACUUUCAUGAAAGCCAAAUGUCUGAAGCAGCACAGUCUAUCACACAGUAAAGAGACACCUUUUCACUGCACUCAGUGUGGGAAAGGCUUCCGGACAACUGCAAUGCUUAAGAGACACCGUAUAGUCCACAGUGAUGAACGACCUUUCAAGUGCAGCAAAUGCCAUAAAGCCUUCAAGACAACCCAUGAGCUCAAAGGUCAUCAAAUAGCACACACUGAUGAAAGAACCUUCCAGUGUGACGUGUGUGAAAAGUUCUUUAAGAGCAAAAGCCACCUGAAAGGACAUGUUUAUAAAACUCAUCGAGAAGAGCGGCCAUUUAAGUGUUCUUUAUGUAGUGUGUGCUUCAAAGACAGAAGUAAAUUGAAGCGACACGAGAAUUCAGUUCACAGUGACAGUAAACCAUUUCUGUGCAAAGUUUGUGGGAAAUAUUAUAAGACGCAGGAGGCUUUGACCGGCCAUCUUCGGCUGCACAGUGGCAAAAGACCGCACGUGUGCUCGUUGUGCGGAAAGGGGUUUCCAACCUCUUCACAGCUAAGUGGUCACUACAGGGCUCAUAGUGAUGAGAGACCUUACAAGUGCGACCAGUGUGAGACGAGAUUCAAGACACUCUGCGCCAAGCAGAAGCAUAUGAUGUUGCAUAACAACGAUAAACGGUUCCAGUGCAGUUUGUGUGGAAAGGUUUGCCAGAAUUCACAGCGUCUCAAAGUUCACCAGAGCCGAGUUCACAGUGAUGAAAGACCAUUUAAUUGCAGCUCAUGUAAAAAGUCCUUCAAGACUAGAUUUGAACUGAAAAAACAUCAAGUCUCUCAUAGCGAUGAGAGGCCUUUUGAGUGCUCUGUGUGCGAAAUGUGGUUUAAAUCAUCGGAACAACUGAAUAAGCAUUUUAAAACGGUAUCACAUUUAAAGUGGCUAAAAGCAAUGCCUCCGGAUGAGAAGCCAUUUAAGUGUAACCAGUGUGAACGGGCGUUUCUAACAGCGUCAGACCUUAAAGAACAUAGUUACGUCCACACUCGUGAAAAGCUGCUUGAUUGUUGGUUGUGUGGGCGCAUGUUGGUAUCAGAAGAAUCCCUACGCCAGCAUACCCAGAAAUGUGUGAACAGACUUGUACACUCCAAGACUUCUGUGACUUAA